AUUUUCCUUUCUCCCCCAUCCUCUGGUGGGUCUCAGGGUGGCCAGAAGAUUGACAGGCUGGACGGAGCUCAUGCCCCAGAGCUGACCAGUAAGGUCCAGAGGCUGUCGGUCAGCUCGGGGGGGCUGGGCGGGCCAGGGGCGGAGCCCCCUAAAGAGGCCCUUAAUGAGCGUCUGAAGAAACUGAUCAACGCAGCACCCUGCAUGCUCUUCAUGAAGGGAUCCCCCCAGGAACCCCGCUGUGGUUUCAGCCGUCAGAUAGUGGCGCUUUUCAAGGACCAUGCUAUCCAGUUCAGCAGUUUUGACAUCCUGUCAGACGAGGAAGUGAGAGGGGGGCUGAAGACCUUCUCCAACUGGCCCACCUACCCUCAGGUUUACGUUAACGGAGAACUCGUAGGGGGACUGGACAUUGUCAAGGAACUAGCUGAAUCUGGAGAGCUGGAGAAGACCUGUCCCAAGGCUGUCACACUGGAGCACAGGUUGAAGUCGACCAUCAACAGGAGUCCAGUCAUGCUGUUCAUGAAGGGCAAUAAAA